CCUCCUUCCCGAAUCGUCAAGGCUCGAAUCGAGUGCGAUCGAAACUGAGGCUGAAACGGCAACCAACCGUUAUAUCAAAAACGACGUCGUUUUGAGAAAGUCGAACGUAGCAAUGGCGUGGGUUGUGGCAAAGCGAGCAGCUGCUGCUUCUUCUUCUUCAGCGAUGAAAUCGGUUUCUGCUGCGGCGGCUAUUUGGAUGAGGUCGUACGCCAAGGUUGCGUUGGGGACCGACAUAGUCUCCGCCGCACCGAACGUUUCUCUCCAGAAAGCUCGCACCUGGGACGAAGGUGUCUCUUCCAAAUUCUCCACCACUCCUCUCAAUCACAUCUUCAAGGAUAAGAAAGUUGUCAUCUUUGGGCUCCCAGGUGCAUACACAGGUGUUUGUUCAAACAAACAUGUUCCUGGGUACAAGGAAAAUAUUGAUAAGUUUAAGGCCAAGGGGAUUGAUUCUGUUAUUUGUGUGGCUGUUAAUGAUCCAUAUACUAUGAAUGCUUGGGCAGAGAAGCUUCAAGCCAAUAAUGCUAUUGAGUUUUAUGGAGACUUCGAUGGGAGCUUCCACAAAAGCUUGGAUUUAGUUACUGAUCUCUCUAGUGCUUUGCUUGGAACUCGAUCCAAGAGGUGGUCAGCAUACGUGGUAGAUGGAAAAGUGAAGGCUUUUAAUGUUGAAGAAGCUCCAUCCGAUGUCAAGGUUUCUGGUGCAGACACCAUUUUGGGACAGAUUUGAAGAUCAUGUUUAUUUGGAUAGUUGUGUAAUGUAACGAGUUCUCAAUAAAAAUGCACCCUUGUGCUUCUAGUUGACUGAACUGGGAGUUCGCUUGUUUUUUAGUUUUGAUUAUUGACUAGCUUUUUAGCUGUCACUUCACACUAAUCUAGUGAUCCCCUUUUCUAAGAUGCAUGCUGUGUUACACAUGCAAAGAUUUUUCUCGUAUCUAAUGUAUGUGUUGAGUACUCUCCCUAUUAUCUUCUUAAUUAUCAUCUUAAUUCUUUUAAUAAAAUAAAAGUUAAAUUCA